AAUGGCGCAUUUCCUUAUCUGCCUUUUUGAUAAGCAUAAAAGCGUCCUCUGGAAUUUGCGUGUGCAGUAAUCAACAAUAAAUGUCAUGGCAUAGCAGAAUGCAAAAACUAUGUCAAACCGUUGCUAAGGAAGCGCGUAAAAGACAUUGCGCUCCAGAAGUGAUAAAAGCAAAUCUAAUUUGCUUACAUUACGAAACCGCAAAUUGAUUUUAUUAAAAGUGGCCCGUGUAUUAGAUUGCAAGUAUCUGUGUCAAUCAGUGAAUGGUAAUACAUUAAAAUUGAACCUUUGUGACCGUUGCCCCCAUUUUGUCCAAGAUGUUAACCCUCUAUUACGUGAGCGCCACUUUGGUGCAGGCUUGGCGUAUUCAAAGAGCUUGCAGCAAAAUUGCUGAGCAGUUAGCGCAGUCGUCUAGCGUUGCGUUCUAUGCACUUCAACCUGGCAACGAUGACGGCUUUGAUCCUACAAUAGCCAGCUCGGAACUGUGCGGUAAUCGAAAUGUGGCUAAGGUAACGGAUAUACUGUGGUUGCAUGGCAACCAGCACGGUUGCUGCCUGCGUCCAUUGCAAUCAGUGCAGAUUACACCAUGGAUUAGCUUUCCUCCAGCCCCUAGCUGGCUUCCGUUCGUCUAUGCCGCUGACUGUGCUACACCUACAGUAACUCCAACCGAAAUCGAACCGCAACCCAGAAUAAGUCUGUCCCCGGACAAGGCGCAGCAUCUACAAUUGCUGAUCGAAGCGAAUAUUGACCUGCAGCAGCGAGAAAUGAACACACAAAACUGUGUACCGGUUCAGUUGGAAAAUUACGGUAAGCUAAUUGCUUGGAAAAUAGAUUCCCACCUGGCGGUGCUCAUCGAGACGGAUAUUGAGCACUUCACAAAACUAUUGAUAAUGACAUUUUUACAAAAUAAUUUAUACAUUAAUGAUCAGUUGCCACUAAUGAGGAUUGAGUCUGUGCAGCGAGAGGGUGAACCACAGCCCUUUGAACUGCUGGCUAAUCAUCUGAAGCGUCAGUCACGCAAGGCUGCUGAAAUCAGUGAGGAGGGGUGGCAAAAGCAUUUGGAGGAUCUGCGCGCGCUUAGUGUAUUGGCCCACCAGGCUACCGAGUUCGAGCAGCAAAAGAAUCGCAGCGAAUUGAAGGCUAGCACUCCUAAGCAGGACCUGUUGCUCCAGCGACAGGCGGAGCAGUCGUCCGUGGCAGUACAGGGCAGCAUUAAGGCAGUGGCCGUUGUGGAGCCCACCACCAAGACACCAUCUCCUGCCAAGCCCACCCAGCUGAAGCAACCGACUCCAGUUGAUCAUCUUCUAAGCAAGAAAAGUGAUUUUGAAAAAGGGACUGCCCCGACGAAGACUGAAAAUCUAUCAACCAAAUCGCGGGAAAUGGAAAAGUCGCCAGAAGUUCAGGAAAAUACAGGUACAAUAGUCGCAAAAGCGUCGACGCCUAGCAAAAGCUUUGUUGCCGUGAAACCAAGUUCGCCGCCGUCCGAAGCGUCAACCUCCGCCCGACCACGUCCCGUUUUGCGCCGUAAUAAGAAUAGUCUGGGCGAAAGUAAGCCGCUUAACGUACUAGUCUACUCGGACAGCGCCAGUGCACGUGAUUCGGCAGUUGUUACACUACGUCAGAUCCUGGAGCCAGAUGUGUAUACCAUUUAUGCGCUAACACCGCAGCAGGCGGGCGAGAAACAUUGGCUGGAGCAGACGGCGCUGCUGGUGGUCUGUGGCUCUGUGGCGCCGUCUAUUGGCCAGAUAUUGGUCGACUACUUUCUGCAUGGUGGUAAGGUCUUGAGUCUCUGCUCGGAUAUCUUGCACUUUAUAUUACCUAACUAUCGUACUGCGGAGGUGCGAGAGCACGAGUUGGUUCAGUUUUCCUACGACAAAUGGCAACGGGUGAAGAUGAUGCAUCACAUUUUUUGCUACCAACCUUCUCCAGUUAAGAAAAACUUUUCCACCGACAGCGAGGAGUCAUCGGUCCAAUCUCAUUCACGUAAAUCAGCUCUAGUAUGUCCAAGGUCCAUGGAUUUGAAGGACUUGACCGGUCAGACACACCAGCUGGAUGUUAAAGUGUUGGGCACUGAGGAGACCUGGAAUACGCCCAGUCUGCUGCUGGCCAACAGCGUGCAAAGCGGCGGCAAAGCCGUCUUUUCUCAGGUUCACCUGGAGACGAGUCCCAACGAGUUUGAGUUUGAUGAAGUCAAGUUUGCAAUCUUGAAGCAAAGCGAACGCACACGCAUCGAGAUCUUUACGGAUCUUUUGCGCAAGUACUUGGAAGUGCAGGUGCGAGGCACCGACUCGCAAGAUCUAGUACCUGCCGUGGUCUUUAAGCAGGCCUAUUUCUUGGGCCGCCAUGAGUCCAAGUUUGAGCUCCUCGAGAAGUUACGUCCACGUUGCAGCGGCCAUGACAAUGUCAUCGUUAUGCCCAAGUUAACUAUUAAGUUCUGUGGCAAAGACGACAAGGCGCCGGCCGCAAACUCAAAUGUGUUGCCCAUUCUUAUACAUUCCUGUCCAGAUGAUUUCUCCACUGUUGAUUACUUUGAUAAUUUGAAAACGGAGCAUAUUGGACGCUUGGUCAUCUAUGCGCCAGUCUUGAGCAGCUCAAUGCAUGUGGUCAACGAUCUAGAGCUAAUGCACGGCAUCGCAGUGCUGCCAGUUCAACAGACAGAUGGCAUCGGUCGCAGCGGUAAUCAGUGGCUGAGUCCUUUGGGCUGCGCAAUGUUCUCUACGCAGCUGCACAUCGACAUGGACUCGCCGUUGGGCACACGCCUGCCCUUGUUACAGCAUGUGAUCGGCGCUGCUGUUGUCAAUACUCUUCGCGGUCAUAAACAAUACAGGGUACUCGAUAUAGCUUUAAAAUGGCCAAAUGAUAUUAUUGCUAAUGGAAACAGUAAAAUUGGUGGACUUGUCGUAAAGACCACAUUAUUGGGCUCGCAGGCAAUUGUGAAUAUUGGCUGCGGAAUUAAUUUAAAUAAUUCAAAACCGACGUUGUGUAUUAACGACUUAAUCAAGGAGUAUAAUAUGCGAAUUCCCAACGCCAAAUUACCAUUAUUAAAAUAUGAGAUAUUCAUUGCAAUGAUUUUUAAUGAAAUGGAAAGAAUAUUGGCUGAAGUGCAAAACGAGAAUUUUGAAAGUUUCUACGCCUUGUAUUAUGAUCUUUGGCUGCAUAGUGAUCAAAGCGUGACUAUUUGCCUGCAAAAUGAUCAACAAAAGGACGCAAAAAUUAUUGGCAUUGAUGACAUCGGCUUCUUAAAAGUUAAAUUGGCGAAUAAUACGAUUGAGACUGUUCAACCCGAUGGUAACAGUUUUGAUAUGUUGAAAGGAUUGAUAGUACCUAAAUACUAUUAGACAAUUUACCAAGGGAAUUCAUAUAUAAUACAAGUUAUUUAUU